UAUUUGAUACCACGGAGUUAAACACAACUUUUCAAAUUCGCUGAUUAUCAAUUUCGGGAAUGGCCGGUGGAACAAAACCACUUCGUGGUCCUUUUUUCAAAACGUUACGUUAUCGCAGUGCCAGUCUGACCAACAUUUUAGAAUCAGCUAAAGCAUUGUGUUCAUCGCAAAAGAAUAAAACUCACAAACGUUUCAACAGCUCUUUGCACAUAGAGGACCCAUCAUGCAGCUACAGCUCCAUUUCAGAACUGACACGCGCUUCCACUUUACCUGUGGAAGAAUGUCCCAUGCGCAGUGUUAAUAAUGCCAGUUCUUAUUCACUUGAGGGAGCCGGGAAGUCAUUGUGUGUAUCAAUGAACAGCAUUAAUAGCAAUGGAUCAUCUGAUAGCCACCUGGUGGAACAAGAAAACAUUGUUGCCUUAACACAUGAUGUUCGAAGAUUUAAAGAAGCAGUGGGUCAGCUUAAAAAAAAUAUUGAAAUAGAAAUAGGGAAACAAGAGACAACGAAAAAUACAGUCUAUGAAAAAUUAGAAGAAUUACUACAGAUAUUAAGAAAUAUUUUGGAAAAGUAUCCUCCAGUCCAGUCUAUUGAGUUGUUCAUGGCAGUAGACACAGUAAUACAGCUGUUUAAAGGUCACAACUUCGAAGAUGGAAUAUCAAGACCGACACAAUUCGUUGAAGCUGUUGAUCAGCUAGUUGGAGCAUUCACUAAUAGAGUGUCAGAAUACUUGAUGGGUGACUUUGAUUCUUCUAGCCAAACCGUGCCAAAAACUAUAUCACGUGAAAAAGUUUUCGAUGAUGGAGAAAAUGAACUCUUUCCUAAAGACAAAGACUCAGUGCUCUCGUCAUUGACACCUCAAGAAGUAGACACCAGGAUCAUGAGGUUUACAGAUGGUGUUGAAAUUGCCUUACACAGAGCCAAAGUUUGGUCUAAGUAUGCGAAAGAUAUCUUAACAUACAUUGAAAAGAGAACAAUCUUAGUGGCAGAGCAUGCUCGGAAUCUUAACAAACUGACUCAAUCAAUGAGACCAAUUUUACAAGAAGAGAGCUACCUGCCAUUCCAGUCUAUUUAUUGUACUACAUUGGACCAAGAUCUAUUAAAUGCUAAUGCGUGGUUGUCUACUUGUGUCCUUUUACAGGGUCACAAGUUUAUGAAGCCAUUAUCAGAAAGAAGAAAUGAACAUGAAAGAUCAAGAAAACAAAUUAAAGAAAAAUGGCGAAGAGAAUUAAAGCAACUGCAUGAAGUAAUUAGCAACCUGCAAAAGGUGAAGUUUUUGUAUUUUCAACGUCAACAAGAAUAUGAAAUAGCCAAAAGUUCAACCCUAAAAGCUGAAAAUGGUGAGACUAGCAAGGUUGAUAAAAAACGACGUAUGGAAGAUGAUGCUUUGCAAAGGGCAAUUGAAGCUGAAACAAUGUACAAGAAUUGUAUUAUAGAGGCUAAUAAGAAGCAGAAGAAGCUGGAAAGUGUUAAGACAGAAGUGCUACAACGUCUUCGAGAACUUCUCUGUCAGUGUGAUCAGACUAUGAAAACAGUCACAGUAGCUUAUUUUGAACUUCAGCAUACCAUUUCAGCAGCUGCUCCUGUACAGUUUCAGACAUUGUGGGAAAGCAGUAGACUGUAUGAACCAGGAGCCCAAUACAUGGAAUAUGUAAAGCAUCUUUCUUCUACUGAAAAUACAUGUCAGAAAAUCAUUCCUUUCACCUUUGAACCUUUCACUGGUGAUGGCAGGACAGAGAAAUGUUGUCGUUCUAAUGGUUCUUUAGAGAGUUGUGAAGGCCUUUCACUUCAUCAAUCUUUUGAAGCCAAGUUUUCAACAAAAAGUAAAGAACAUCAGUCAGUAAGGUCACUGAACACAAGAACUUGUACAAUUAUGGAGAGUGAUUCUGACAGUAUAAGCAGUUUUCAAAGUAACAAAUCUCAAGAAAUAACUCCACCAGGUAGUCCAGAGAUAGCUCCACAUAAAAGGCUUGUCAUGUCUUCCGAUGAUGAACUUGAAAUGGACCAGGCUAACAAUCUGUUCUGUAAACAACCUGACACUGGUGUUGUUAUAGAAAGUAUAGAAAAGUGUACUAAAGCUGCUGAAACCCAUAAUUUCAAAAAGUUAAAAACUCCAGCAAAAUGUCGAAAGUGUGAUUCAUAUGUUUACUUUCAAGGUGUUGAGUGUUCUAAGUGUGGCCUUGCAAGUCACAAAAAAUGUUUAGAGCUGCUGGCAAUUCAGUGUGGUCACAAACAACUUCCACGAAAGAUGACUACAUUUGGUAUAGAACUGAUAGCAUAUGCGAGAGAAUACGGAGAAGAAAUUCCACACAUCAUCACCAAAUGUGUAGAAGAAAUUGAUAGAAGAGGAUACUUGAUAAAGGGCAUCUAUCGAGUGUCUGGUGUAAAGUCAAAGGUGGAGAGUCUGUGCCAAUGCUUUGAAAAUGGAGCAGAAUUAGUUGAUCUUACUGAAGUGCAUCCUAAUAUCGUAGCUAAUGUAAUGAAAUUGUACUUGAGACAACUUCCUGAGCCUUUACUGACCUUCAGGCUUUAUCCUGAUUUCAUUAGAAUAGCCAAAGAUUAUUCUUCAGAGAAAGACCAGUUAGCUGUUAAAGAGCUUCGAUAUUUGGUACAACAGUUACCUCAUGUGCACUUUACAACUGUGGCAUACAUAAUGCAUCACCUGAAAAGGAUAACAGAACAUGCCGAACAUAACAACAUGCCUUCAAGUAACCUCGGCAUUGUUUUUGGGCCCACUUUCAUUCGAACAAGUGAAGGAAGUGCAUCUUUAAGUUCUCUCGUUGACACCAUAUAUCAAGCGAGGGUCACUGAGUUGUUAAUUUCCUAUUCUGACCAGAUUUUUGGUUUUCCUGAAGUGGUGUAUCCUGAUCUUUUAAUUGACACUUCUGAGGUUAAGAAAGAAAGUUCAAAUCAUUAUGCCUUUUCUCAGGAAAGCAGAUGCAAUAAUAUGGAUCAGACUAUGUCAGCAGUCAGUGGAGUUGUUAAAAAUCUGAUAAAUGAUACGCCUGCUACCACCAGUUUACAGGAAUACUCUUUCCUGAGUGCCAAUAGUAGGGAUAAAGAGAACUUCUCAAUUUCAAAAACUCAUUCUGCAGAUGAUUGUCUUGGCUCUGGGAGGUACUUGGAUGAUGAGAUAUUAGAGCUGUCACUGUGUGAUGAAUCCCAUAGUAAAAAAUCUCCACUUUUGCCAGCUAUGAUUACUUCAUCUGCCAUGGGAUUAAAACGACACCCAGAAAGUUUACCAUCAACUAGGAAAAUACAAGUUCAGUCACAAGCAAGUGCUACCCAGACUAAGGUUGUCCCUCCACCUUGUAAAGAUAUCUCAGUUAAUGACACUGCUAGUGAACAGGAAUAUGAAAAGGAGAGCAGAAAAAAUAUGGAAUUUUCCUCUUUCUCUGACACAUCAGUAGUAAAUAUAGCUAGUCAAACUGCUACCUUGCCUUCUACAUCAACUUCUUUUAUACCAUUAGUUGACCAGAAAGCAAACAAUUCCAAUGUUGCAAGUCGACCUUCCACAGCAGAGUUGAGACGUAAUUUUUUUGAAACUCAAUCAAAAAAUAUGCCAGGCAUUAGUGCAGCUGCUCAGUAUUCAGGCUCUAUUGACUCUAACAAAGUUGAAAAUCAGCAUAGUUUAUUUAGACCUAGUAGUGGAUCUUAUUCUGCAUCCACGUUAUCUUCCACAGUUAAUCUUCAAACAAGCUUAAACAGUAACCAAAGUGUUUUGGAACAGCUGUUUCAGCAUAAUAUUAAUACAGUCAGAAACCAGGAGCCAGGGAUAAAAGUGCCAGCACUGGAAAGCAAAACUCAAUCAGAGAAUCCAACAGUAUCAACUUCAUUGAAGGAUCCUUCAACAAAAUAUGUUUGUCCUUUUACCAAGAACUCCUCUUCUGUAAACACCAGAUUACCGCACUCACCUAUAUCAUCCAGUGCAACAUAUUCUGUUCAAACAAAGGAAAAAAAAUUCCCCCAAUGUGACCAAAGAAGCCUUUUAAGCUCUAAACCUCCUCUUGAGCCAUCCAUGAGGAAGCUGUCAUGCCCUGAAGAAAGAUGUUGCCGCCAAUUAAGAAAAGCCUCCCGCAAUUUUUUCUCAUCUUCCCAAGAAGGAUUUGCAUCUUCAAAACAAAGUAUUAAUAACAUUGAACCUAGUUUGCCUCGACCAGUUGCUAAAAGUCGUAUUGGUUUAGCUUCUCAUACACCAUGUUCAUUUACAAAUUCGUCAACAGCAUAUCACUCUUUGACUUCCACCUCUUCCCAGAAAGAACUGUUCCAACAAUAUGAACCUCCAAAAAUCACUGGGUUGUCAUCAGAUCGUGAAUCUCAUUUUGUAUGACUAUAGUUUAACUGUUUCACAUAGAAAUAGUGCUAUAUAUAUAUAUAUAUAUAUACUUUACAUACAUUUCAGUCAAAUUAUGAGAACUUAAGAAACCUGUAUUUUUUGAACUACAAUAUUGAUAUUGUAUUGACCAUUUUAUGUUUAUUUAGCUAUGCAUAACACAUACUUCAUACCGAAGAAGCAGCACACUUUAUGCGAAAUUCAACGAACUACAACACACCAGUGCUUACCUAAGGCACACGUUAACCACUAAAUAUCUAAUAAUAUAUAAUACUGUGUGUUGAUAUCAAAUAUAUAUAAAUAUGUGUGCCACUGACAGGAAGAGUUGUUUGUAUUAGGUUGUGAACAACACUAUAUGCACAGCAUGGAUUCUCCUGGAUCAAUUGUUGUGUUAUUUACUUAUCCUAUAAAUUCGUGCAGAAAAAUAUGUUUGUUAGGUGGAUUUUGAAGCUUCAAAAUCUAGUAUUUAAUUAGUUUGUUUUGUAAAUAAAAUAAUGUGUAAACUGCAGGUAUAGUUUGCAUUCAAAUAUUUAAGUUCCUGUCAAAAUAUAGCUUUAAAUCUUAACAUUAGGAAUAGUAGAAUAUCUGUGCUUUUCUGUAGCCCUAUGUUUUACUCUAAUUGUUACUAUAUAUGUUUCAGAUUAGAUCAUUAUAGGUUUUGAAAUAAUAAAUAUAAUGUAAAAUAAGAUUUAGUACAAUGUAUCAUUUAAUUGCUAGAUCUUCGUGACUCACGACUUGUAGGUGUACUUGUUUGUUUUUGAAUUUCUAUACAGAGAAAAAUAUACAAAUUCUCUAUA